GGCUCGAGAGUAUUAUCUCAUACUCCGCAAUCGGGUUCACGGUAUCCCCGUCGCUGGAAAGACCACGCACCGAAUUUCUAGCGCAGUCAUCAAGGCCUUUACAGGGUGUUUUUAAAAAUGGAGUGAAUGGGGCCCGGCACAAUCUCAACGAGACAAAAAUUUCAUCAACUUUGAUAACAAGAGUCACCGUGAAAUCAGAGUGGGGAGAAAAGAGAGGGGCGAUACCUGAGUGCUACCGAGCCACUUUGCCUGCUCUAAACACCGAGCGUAGCACACGAGGGGGGGCAAGUAAGAAUGGGAACAAAGCAAGCGGUGUAUUGGAGGUCCACCACGCUCAACUGGCCCUGAUCGAAGAACCCACUCUAAAAAGUUUUAUAACCUUGGCCAGCUCACCUGGAGCCAUCCCGCCCCUCUCUAUCUUGCCCCCCAACUCUCCUCGCGCCUCUCCUCGCCCCCCCCCCUCGCUCCCUCUCUCGCCCCCCUCCUGUACGCUUUCCGGUUCGGCCCUCGACAUGGACAACGAAGAAUUCGAAUUCAUCUCGGUCGUUUCUGAUUCAGAGCUUCACAACCACUUCAACAACCGCCAGACCAACGGUGCCUGCUCCUCCCGCAAGGACAGCGUCGACCCCUCCUCGACUGGGGACGUCAAUCCGCACCUGCUCAAGACGGCGCUCCUGGUCCCCAGGGGCCUGACCGGCUCUCAUAGCAGCAUGAUGCUCGAGGCUCCUCUUUUACCGCCCGAGCCAGCUCCAGCCCCAGGAGCGCUCGAACAUUUUAAUACGGCCUGUCUCUCCGCCGCAGACGUCCAGAAUUUUGUCAAGCGACUGGUUGACGGUCAGCCUCUGGCCGGUAUGGACGAUGAGGAGGCCGACGAGGACCCAGAGCGCUUCCACCAGCACUUGGACGACCAAGAUAAUGCUAUGAAUAAUAAUGCGGCCGAUGUGAAAGAGGAUCUACUCCGAGGCUACAAAAUCAACAAGCCACCUACCAUGAGACCUGUGCGCGUGUACAUAGCCGGCCUCUUCGACGUCCUGCACCCAGGGAUUGUGCACAACUUGCGACAGGCCAAAUACUCUUUUCCGUCCGUGCACCUCCUCGUGGGCGUCUUUGCAGAGCCUCCACCCCACUCGCCCUCCAUCUUUACCCAUCUCGAACGCCUCGAGACGGUACGCCACAUUCGCUACAUUGACGAACUCAUCCCCGAAGCACCCCUCCACCUCACCCAAUCCUUCCUCCGCGAAUGGAACAUCGACUAUGUCGCGUACGAAGGCGCCAGUAGCGGAACCGGCGACGCAGACGAGACGACCGCGGCCAAUUGGAACGACCCGGGAUUCCAGCUCGCACGCAAGUUGGGCAAAUUUUUACCCGUGAGAAGCACACGCGCGAUUUCGACGGGUGAGGUGCUUCAGCGGAUUCGUGCUGAGGGGACGUAUGGGAAUGGCCAUAUUGGGAUGGCGAGGGAGGCGACCGUCACGGAUAAGCCUCAUCCCUUGAGCAUCACCACCGAUUUCACUCCUUUGACCCCUGCUUCCUCCUCGACCCUUUUACCAACUAAGUUUACUCUCCUCUGUGGGGAGAGUGAACCUUCCAACGAUAACAGUAAUGAUGAACCGUUGUACCGAACCGGCAAGUACCAUUUCAAUACACUUCCAUUUCCUGCUCCCAUUAGGCCACUCUUAGAUAAGCAAACUUAUUGGGCCAGACGAAUAGAUGCGGGCGAUGAUCAACGCGAGGUGUUCAGAGAAGCCGCUACCAUUAUAACUUUUAGGGACCAAAGUGAAGAGAGUGAGGAGGGGAGACAAGUCCCUAAAGAAGUGGAAGGAUGA